GCAGCCCCAAGGCAUUCCUCGAUAUUCCGCGUCCAGCUGCUGGCACCAUGGUCGCGACGAAACCUCUCACGGCGUGGGAAGUGGACCAAGAAGUGUCGCUCCGCAUGACCGAGUCGGGGGUGGGUGCCGCAACGCCGCAGACCGUCGUGCAGGCACUCAAGAACACAGUCCACCGCUUGCCCAACACACCUGUCUACUACACGAAAGCGGUCGGCGCGACCGAGUACACGCACAAGACGUGGUCCCAGUAUUACGCCGACUGCCGCGCGUUUGCAAAAGCGCUCAUCCACCUCGGUCUCGCACCGUUCGACGUGAUCAACAUCAUCGGGUUCAACUCGAUCGAGUGGGUGACCGCCAACAUCGGUGCCAUCCUCGGCGGGUGCAUUCCUGCGGGGGUGUACACUACGAGCAAUCCGGAUGCGUGCCACUUCAUCGCCGACCACUCCCAAGCCAAACUCGUGCUGUGCGACGGCGUGGCCCAGCUCGAGAAGUAUGUCGCCAUCGCGCACAAGUUGCCGGCCCUCAAGGCGCUGGUCAUCUACAACGACGUUGUGCCGAGCGACCUCGACUGCCCCGUCCCCGUGUACACGUUUGCCGACUUUUUGACGACCGGCGCCGGCGUGGACGACGCGGUGCUGGAAGCCCGCAUGGACGCCCAGAAGCCUGGCAACUGCUGCACCCUCAUCUACACGAGCGGGACGACCGGCAACCCGAAGGCCGUCAUGCUCUCCCAUGACAACGUGACAUGGACGAUUGAAGCCGUGUGCCAGAGCUAUGAAUCGUCCGGGCCAUCGUUGAACGAGCAUGGAAACACAGUGUCGUACUUGCCGCUGUCGCACAUCGCAGCUCAAUGCUUUGACAUUUACUUACCCAUCACUCGCGGCGUCGCCAUCUACUUUGCACAGCCCGAUGCGCUCAAGGGCAGUCUCGGCACGACGCUGAAGGAAGCACGGCCGACGCUGUUCUUUGCUGUCCCUCGUGUGUGGGAGAAAAUGAUGGAGAAGAUGAUCUCGAUCGGAAAAAACAACAGCGGCAUCAAAAAGGCUCUCGUGGACUGGGCCAAGGGCAUCGGCACCAUCAAGAACAACGAGGCGCAGUACGGCAGGUCCGGUGGCACCCCAUGUGGAGAGACCAUUGCGCAGAAACUGAUCUUCUCUAAAGUUCGCGCCGCGCUGGGCUUUGACCGGUGCGAGACCAUGUUUUCCGGCGCGGCGCCGAUUACGUUGGAAGUGGUGAACUACUUUGCGGCCCUCGACAUUCCCCUCUACGAAUUGUUUGGGCAGAGCGAGUGCACGGGGCCGACGACGCUCUCCUUGAAAGGGGCGUGGAAGAUUGGCACUGUCGGGCGUCCCAUGGAAGGCACGCGUAUGCAAGUCGUGGACGGCACGCAAGAGCUCAUCUACCAAGGCCGCAACACUAUGAUGGGGUACCUCAAGGCAGAGCAAGCGACGAAAGACACGAUCGACGCGGACGGGUGGCUCCACUCUGGCGACUGCGGCAAGCUGGACGAAGACAACUUUUGCUCGAUCACGGGCCGCAUCAAGGAGCUCAUCAUCACGGCGGGCGGUGAAAACAUCCCGCCCGUCCUCCUCGAAGACGCGAUCAAGGAAGAGAUCCCGCUCCUGUCGAACGCCAUGGCGAUCGGCGACCGCCGCAAGUUCCUCACGGCCAUCUUCACGCUCAAGGUCGUGGUGGAUGCGGACGGGAACCCGAGCGACCAACUGGACGCGGCGGCACUGGCGAUCGUGAGCGAGCUAGGGUCGACUGCCACGACGGUUGCCGAAGCCAAGGCGUGCGACAAGGUCAAGGCAUACAUCGACAAGAACUUGAAGAAGGCCAACGGCCGCGCGGCGUCGCGUGCACAGCACAUUCAAAAGUACGAGAUUGUCGACAAGGACUUUAGCAUCGGCGGCGACGAACUCACGGCGACGCUCAAGCUCAAGCGGCGGGUUGUCAUGGCCAAGUACGAACACAUCAUUGAAGCCAUGUAUGCGUGAGGGGCGCUGC